AUGAGCGAUUUGGAGGAGUCAGAUUUGUAUCUUUCUGACGAGUCAGAGGAUUUCUUUGUUCCCGAGGAUGAAGACGAAGAUGAAGAAGUGUCUAAGGGAAAGACUAGUAAUAAACCGAAGACUACAACUACGACUGCCACUAAAAAAAGUGCCACCUCUAAGAAAAGUGGUCCCCCCAAAAAUGUAUCUUCUUCUGCAUCCACCCCGUCAACGACAUCUACAAGAGAUACCACCCCUUCCAACAGAAAUAGCGCUUCAGAAACGUACCAGAAGCUCUCUCAAUUGGAACAUAUCUUAAAGAGACCAGAUACAUAUAUUGGGUCCAUUGAAAGGGAGCCUAUGGAAAUGUGGACUUUUGAUGCUCAAACUGAACAGAUGGUUUUCAAAAACGUCAAUAUAGUUCCAGGGUUAUAUAAGAUAUUCGAUGAGAUCUUGGUUAAUGCGGCUGAUAAUAAAAUUAGAGAUCCUUCAAUGAAGAAUUUAAAGGUUAAAAUUGAUCCCACAAAUAAUAUCAUCGAAGUCAUGAAUGAUGGUAAGGGUAUCCCUGUUGAAAUCCAUGAGAAGGAGAAUAUGUAUAUACCUGAAUUGAUUUUUGGGAACUUGUUAACCUCUUCCAAUUAUGAUGACAAUGAAAAAAAAGUCACUGGUGGUAGGAAUGGUUAUGGUGCAAAGUUAUGUAACAUCUUUUCCACAGAAUUUGUAUUGGAAACAGCUGAUUUGUCCAAUAAGAAGGUUUAUGUUCAAACUUGGACUAAUAAUAUGUCGAGUGUUUCUAAACCCAAGAUCACCACUUUGAAAACUAAAAAGGAAUAUACUAAAGUAACAUUCAAGCCUGAUUUGGCAAAAUUCAAAAUGGAUGUUUUGGAUGAAGAGUUACUUUCUGUUCUUUACAGAAGAGUUUACGAUUUAUGUGGUACGGUAAAGGAUUGUAAUAUCUACUUGAAUGAUAAGAAAUUGAGUAUUCGAAAUUUCAAAGCUUAUGUUGAAAUGUAUGUCAAUGCUAUAAAAUUAAGAAACUCUGUUGAUGAUCUGCUGGAAGAUGAUAAAGCAUAUAAAACUGUUAUUCAUGAAGUGGUCAACAAUAGAUGGGAAGUUGCAUUUGCUGUCAGUGACGGAUCUUUUAAUCAAGUUAGUUUUGUAAAUUCCAUUGCAACUACGUCUGGAGGUACUCAUGUUAAAUAUCUUGCAGAUCAGAUUAUUACCAAAGUGACAGAAGCAUUAAAUAAAAAGGAAAAGGGGAAAAAGAAAUUACUAAUAAAACCCCAAGAUGUCAGAAACAAUAUGUUCCUUUUCAUCAACUGUUUAAUUGAAAAUCCGGCAUUUACUUCACAAACAAAGGAGCAAUUGACUACUAGAUCGACUCAAUUUGGUGGUAGUAAAGUCACAAUUGGUGAUAAUUUCAUUUCUAAUGUCCUUAAGACAAAACUUGCAGAGAAAAUCAGAAACAUUGCUGAUGCCAAUGCAGAUAAAGAAUUACAAAAGGCUGAUGGUUCUCGUAAGCAAAGAAUUAAAGGUCAAACAAAAUUGCAUGAUGCCAAUAAGGCAGGUACAAAGUUGGGUUACCAAUGUACAUUAAUAUUAACUGAAGGAGAUUCUGCAUUGUCCAACGCAGUGGCAGGGUUAGCUGUGGUUGGUAGAGAUUUCUAUGGCUGUUUCCCUUUAAGAGGUAAAAUGUUAAAUGUUCGAGAAGCAUCUGCUGAACAAAUAUCCAAAAAUGCCGAAAUCAAUGCUUUAAAACAAAUUAUUGGAUUAAAACAUAAAAAGGUUUAUACUGCUGCAGAUAUUAAAACUUUAAGAUAUGGUCAUAUUAUGAUCAUGACAGAUCAAGAUCAAGAUGGCUCUCAUAUUAAAGGUUUAAUUAUCAAUUUCUUAGAAUCCAGUUUCCCUGGAUUGUUGGAAAUCCCUGGGUUCCUUUUAGAAUUCAUUACUCCAAUUGUAAAGGUCACAAUCAGCAAACGAGGGGGCGGUAAGACUGUUAUACCAUUUUUCAGUAUGCCUGAGUUUCAAGUGUGGAGAGAGACUGAAGGUGACGAUUGUAGAUGGACUUUGAAGUAUUACAAGGGUUUGGGUACAUCAAAGGAGGAAGAAUUCCGUCAAUAUUUCCAAGAAUUGGAUAAACAUAUGAAGAAAUUCCAUGCAUUACAAGGUAAUGAUAAAGAGUUUAUUGAGUUAGCAUUUUCGAAAAAGAAAGCUGAUGAUAGAAAGGAAUGGUUGCAAGGGUACAUUCCUGGCACCCAUCUUCCUCCUGACUUAAAUGAGAUCCCCAUUAGCGAGUUUAUUAAUAAGGAAUUGAUUGUAUUCUCCAUGGCCGAUAAUGUUAGAUCCAUUCCCUCGGUCAUAGAUGGUCUUAAGCCUGGACAACGUAAAGUCAUGUAUGCAUUUUUCAAGAGAAAGCAAAAGGGUGAAAUGAAGGUGGCUCAAUUGGCUGCUUACGUUGCUGAGAAGACUCAAUAUCAUCAUGGUGAAGCAGCAUUACAACAAACUAUUAUCGGGUUGGCUCAAAACUUUGUGGGGUCCAAUAAUAUAAAUUUGUUGACCCCUAAUGGUAAUUUUGGUAGCAGAGCAUUUGGUGGGAAAGAUUAUGCUGCAGCAAGAUAUAUUUUCACUGAACUUAACAAGUUAACAAAACAAGUUUUCAAUCCAUUGGAUGCUGAUUUAUUGAAUUAUAUUCAAGAAGAUGAACAAACUGUUGAACCCGAAUGGUAUAUACCAGUUCUUCCUAUGCUUUUGGUGAAUGGUACUGAAGGUAUUGGGACUGGUUGGUCUACAAAUAUUCCUCAAUAUAACCCUAUUGAAAUUGUCGAUAAUCUUAAAAGGAUGAUGAUUGGAGAAGAAAUGAAAGAUAUGUCUCCUUGGUAUAAAGGUUGGACAGGAGAGAUUGAAAAAUCUGGUGCUGAUAAGUAUCGGGUUAUGGGACGUAUUGAAGAAAUUAAUGAGAAUGAAUUGCUCAUAUCUGAAUUACCUGUGAAGAUGUGGACCAAUACCAUGAAAGAGUACUUACUUUCUGCAUUGGGGACAGAUAAAGUACCUGCGUGGAUUAAAGAUGUCGAGGAACAACAUGAUUCUACUAUUAAGUUUGUCAUUAAGGUUUCUGAUGAACAAAUGGCGAAAUGUAAAGGUGCUGGGUUAUUAGAGAAGUUUAAGUUAUUAGGUUCAAUAAGUGUUGCAAAUAUGGUUGCCUUUGAUCCUAAUGGUAAGAUCAAAAAGUAUGAAUCUCCAUUAGAAAUUUUGAAAGAUUUCUAUUAUGUUCGGUUAGAUUACUAUCAAAGACGGAAAGAUCACAUGAGUAAAGAUUUAGAGAAUCAAUUAACUAAAUUAAGUGAACAGGCCAGAUUCAUUAAGUUGAUAAUUGAAAAGAAGAUGUCUGUUUCCAACAAGAAAAGAGCCGUGUUAGUUGAGAUGUUGGAGGACAAUAACUUUGUCAAAUUUCAUAAAGGAGAACCAAUUGAUGAAGCUAAAAAGAGUAUUGUAAGUGGUCAAGAUGCAGAGGUUGAACUUCAAGAAGAAGAAGAAUUGGACGCAGAAGGUGAAACCAUUGUUGAUGAUGAAGUAGCAGGGAAUAAGCCUCUUACCAUUUAUUCUGUCUAUGAUUAUUUGUUAGGAAUGUCUUUAUGGUCCUUGAGUAAAGAGAGAUAUGAAAAGUUACUUAAGCAAAGAGAUGAAAAGGAACAGGAAUUAAAUGAAUUAUUGGGGAAGACUGCCAAAGAUCUAUGGAGAGCUGAUUUGGAUACUUUUAUGAUGGAAUAUGCUCAAUUUAUGAAGGAAGACGAAGAGGCUAGACUUGCAUGUAUUCCUAGCAAAGGAACUUCCAAGAAGGCUCGUAAACCUCGGGUUAAUAAGAGAGCAAUUGAAGGUAUUAAAGUGGAAUCCGUGACAAAGAAACCAAAAGUCAAAAAGGAACAACCAGCAUCAAAGACUCCUUCCACUGUGGUGAGUUCAAGAGACAGCACCCCUGGUCCAAUAAAGACGGAAUCUGAACCUAAACUGAAACCAAGAGCUAAACAAGAUACCAUUCUUUCGUUCUUUGGAGCAACACCCCAAAAGUCAACGGCCUCCACUGGCUCUACAACUACUUCCAAAUCUAAAUCAUUAUUUGAUGACGAUAGCGAUAGUGAUGUUAUGGAAAUCGACUCCACUCUGCUGUCUCAUACAGCCUCCAUCAGUUCAGACACCAAGAUGAGCACACCACCUAAGACCAACGAAGUUAAAAGCAAACAAGUAGAAGAUCUUUCAACUGAUUUGGUUAAUGUUGCGCCCACUAGUCGGAAACGUGCCCCCAAGAAGGUCACAUACAACUUCAGUUUCACUGAUUCUGAGCCUGAGAACGUCUCUGAGGAAGAAGAGUACAUGGAAAGUGAAUAA